UUAAUUUACUUUGGUUAGUUGUGUGAACCAUCUGGUCAUGUUACAACAUAUAAAUAAAAAAAUUUAAAUAUGCGUCGAACUUCGCCACUGCAACAUGUAGAGCAUUUGUUCAAUAAGUUCAUGCGCAGAAUUUUAAAUAGAGCUUUGGCUGCCGUUAGAGGUCGCUGAACACAUUGUAAAUGGUGUUCAUAUGCAGUUGAAACAAACAUUGUCAGAAGAAUUUUCUUUUCUUUUUACCAUUACAAAAUAUUAGGUUUUUUGUGAACUUUUGUUUUAGUUUUUGUCUGUAAGUGUAAGAUCUUUGCUUAUCUAUAGAUAUAUUGCAUAAAAGAGUGCGUAAUACAAAUUUAUUUAUCGUAAAUAUAAAUUUAAACAAUACAUAUCUUCACGAGAUCUAAUCGAUGGUGUUUUCGUCAUGUCAUAGUAUUGAUAUUGUAUUGACGCGUAUUUCACGAUAUUGUAUACCAUGAAUGCAGACUUGUAUACUUAAUGAUUAUAUAGCAUUAUUUAUCAAAAAUGUGUCUGCGGAUAAAUGGGUCGAAACAUAAUCUUCAACGUGUUUUCCUCAUAAUUUUCUAAAUGCGGUUGUGUAAUAUUAAAUAGCUAUCCACUUUGUAAGAGGUCCUUACCAAAAUACAUUUCGAAUGAAAGAAAUUUAUUAUAUAAAAUUAUGAUAAAUUAUAGAAUAUUGGCAAUUUUUAGCAUGGAUUUUUGGAUUUCAAAAUUGACAAAUACGUACUUGUGCUUUAUAUGGUUCCAGACAAUUUUCUGUUAUAUAAAUAACUGAAGCAAAGUGUAAUUUCCAUACUGAAAGAUGUAGUACGGUUUGUUAUGUCAAUGCUUUUAGAGAACAUACAUACAUGUGUGUAGGAUUUAUUUUUGUGUGGUAACAAAUCAUCCACAAGUUUUCUUCGUAUUCCAAAUUUAAAAAUACUUAUUUGUUUUCACAAUGUGUUGAAUUAAAAGGAAAAUAUUUAGCAAUUUUGGUGCAACAUAGCAGUUGUGCAAUUUAACAAAGAAUUACAAGCAUGUGGAACUGCAUUUUUACACUUAAUUUAUAAGCGCACUGCAUAUGAAGUACAAUAAUUUAUCGGAACUUUCGUUUAUGCUAAACUUAUCCGCAUUUCUUUUAUGUACAAAUACGUAACAAUAACGAAGAUGCGAAUAAAUAGUUGUGAAAUGUCUUCCUAAGAAGUCAAAACUUAAACAUCAUAAAACCGUUAAAUAUUUAUAAGAAAAGGUACAACUCUAACAAGAAGAAAAUUACAACCUUAAGCGACACUAUUAAUCAUUUCAAAUAAAUUUAAAUAACUAUACUUGAUUGCGUUUAACAAAGCUGCAAAGAAACGUAAGCAGAAUUUGAAAUAAGGCCUUCGCAAAGGCAUGUUUAUACCUGAUACACUUAGAAGCUGUAUGAUCGAGUCGGACGUCUCUUCCUAUCUCCAAACAUCAUCUUCAGGACAGGAUGAGUUCCAUCCAUUUAUUGAGGCGCUUUUACCAUUUGUUAAAUCUUUCUCAUAUUCAUGGUUUAAUUUGCAAGCUGCUAAACGAAAAUAUUAUAAAAAGCAUGAGAAGCGUAUGUCGUUGGAAGAAGAAAGACACUGCAAGGAUGAGUUACAGAAUGAAAAAGCGGAGGUAAAACAGAAAUGGGCAUCACGUUUACUCGGUAAACUUCGUAAAGACAUAACUCAGGAAUGUAGAGAAGAUUUUGUUCAAUCCAUAACCGGAAAACGUAAAUCAAUAUGUGUUCUAUCUAACCCUGAUCAAAAGGGCAAAAUGAGACGCAUUGAUUGCUUGCGCCAAGCAGAUAAAGUAUGGCGAUUGGACUUGGUCAUGGUUAUACUUUUUAAAGCAAUUCCACUUGAAAGCACAGAUGGUGAAAGACUAGAAAAAAAUCCAGAGUGCUCGCACCCUACGUUAUGCGUAAAUCCUUAUCAUAUUAAUGUUUCCGUAAGAGAGCUGGAUCUUUACUUAGCCAACUUUAUUAAUACACACGAUGUAUUCCAAAACACACAUUCACCAAAGUCAUCGUCAUCUCCUACGUCCUCACUUAUUUUAUAUGAAAGAAACGAGCAAGGGAAUUUAAAUAACAACAGGAUUUCCACUAGCCGAAAUAAUUCAAGUGUAUCCAAAAAGGAAGAAAUUUUGCAUGAGCACAAACAAAAAGGAUACCAUAAUCCCUAUAAUGGAGUGGUAUGUAAUGACAUUAUAUUAGCAACUGGAGUGUUUUCGUCAAAAGAACUUUGGAAACUGUCAAAAGCUUCCAUAUUGGAUGAAACAGCAAAUGAAAUAAUACAGGCCAAUAUAAAUGCUAUAAAAAUGGAAAAUACAUGUAACACUUAUGAAUGCAGUGCAUAUCAACUUCCAGCAGCACAAAAUAAUUUAGCAACGGCAAAUAGCGCAGUUAUCGGUUCUAGUGAUGCUCGUACUCCAAUUGGAUCUUCUAUGGUUGUUUCAAGUGGUUAUAGCAUUGAUUUUGUAGAUCCACGAAGUAUGCAUUUAAGCACUUCACCACUACUACGUGAAAAUGUUGGUCCAUGUAAAAGUGAUCUUUGCAUUUCACCAGCAAAUCAUAGUGCGGCUGGCAACCAUUGCAGUUUUUCAGUGAUAUUACGACCAAAUGAAAACACUAGUAGUAAUGAAAAUAAUCACUCGUCUGAUAUAAGUCUGCAACGUUUUACUCCUUCAAAUAAUCGUUCAUUUAUCAGUAUGAAUCACAUGCGCUCCAAUGAAGUAUUCAUACAACAAAGCUCAGGUACAACAUUAGUUAGUAAUUCAGUGAGUCCAAGUGAUUUAUAUUAUCAGCAGCACAGCAGUCCUAAUACAAAUUCCGAGGUUACUGAUUCUUCAACAGCUCAUCAACAUCACCAAGUUCACCGUCAACAACAACCUCAUCAGGAUAUGCCAGAUUACGCAACUUAUGUUCAUGAGACAGUACCGAAUGCUGCAACAAGCAACAUAACUUCCAGUGAUGAUAUUAAUAGUACAGAUAGCGUUACAUUGCGCAACUCAAAACUAACGUCUGCUAAUUAUCAACAAACGCAUUCAUUUAUGCUGCCACCACCACCGCUACCACCAAUGGCGCGUCCUGUUGCUAUUAUUCGUUCAACUGGUGAUCUCACAAUAAUAAAUUCACCACCAAUAUCGAUAACACCUCCUCAAAAUACUCAAACCCCAGAACAGCACGCAAAUGACAAUUCACAUGAUUUAGAAACAUUAACAAAACACUCUACAAAAACAAUUGUCAGUAGUGCCAGUGUAAAUGAGGUACAUUCGAAUACCAGUAGCAAUAUAUCAGAAGUAAUAACUAGCACUGCCUCGUCGUCAACUGUUUGUACUAGUGCCAGUAACUGCUCUAGCUCAAAUGAUAUUAUUGUUGCCACAAUUUCACCCCCACCUCCUUGUCCACUAAGUCCACAAAUGCAUAUAGAUAUUGCACGCUGCAAGUCUUUAACCCGUAUUUCAUCUCAAUCAUAUCCGGGAUCAAAUGGACGUGAUUACUUUAAUCAUUUUCAUGCGCAAACAACUCCGCUUUUAGGUUAUUCCAGUUCAAUUCCAUCUAUGUCUGGUGUUAUAAGUCCAACAAAUCUAAGCUUGUACUCAACACCGUCAGUAGGCGGAACUACAACAAUACACCGCACAACGCCAAGACCUCGAUGGAAUCCGUCAUUUUUAAUGGAUGACGAAUUUAACUUGAUGUCACACACGAUUGCAAGCACAAAUCCUGAAACGUCUUCAGUUAUUUUAAUGGAAGAUUCAUCUGGCCGCUUCAAUGAUGACUACGCAACGACUCGUGAUUACGUUGCAUGAUUUUAAAUGAAAUGAUGCCAUAUCCGGUUGCACCAGUUGGAUAACAUAUAUGCGUCAAUCGUUUAUCAUUUUAUUAUUUAGUUUAUUUGAAUUAGUUAAGAAAAUUCACAAAAAGGCUGUAAAUUAUAUUAGAUAUAUUUUAAGUAUUACUUCAUGUAUAACUAAUGCAACACAUACUUAUGUUAAUAUAUAAGUAUAUCAAAUUAUACUCACUUGAAACACUAUAAUAUGCCAAACCUUACCAAAUACUUAGUAUUCUUAAACUGUUUAAUACACAUGUACAUAUUUACGAAUAUAUUUAUUUACAAGGACUUUUCUUGGUCGAAGCAAAAAGGGGUUGAUUCGAAAUCUUCAGUUAAAAGAUUUAAUAUCAAAGCAAUCGCUCACCACACUUGUUUUUAUUCAAUUAAAUAUACUUCAAUUUGAGUCAUAACUUAUUAUUCUUUCUUAAUGCGAUAUAGACUUAUGCGCGUUCGAAAGUGAUUUUAUUUUGAGAUAUUUUCCGUCAGAAAAAUGCAAUCAGAAUAUAAAACAUAAAAAAAUAUCACAAAUAGUUAUUUUAAAUAAUUUAAAGUUUUCGUAGUUUAAGUGGGUAAUAAUUCUCUAUCACUCACUGAUUCAACCAAUCUUAACUGAAUAUGCUUCACAUAUUUAGUUGUGAUAUUUUCAAAAUUUUCCAUGAUUUCUACAAAAUUCGUUCAUGACUUUUUAUAAUUCUUCUUCAUACUUCCUCUUUAUAUAUUCAAAACUAAAUUAUUUUCCAUGUGUCAUAUUGACGUUCAGAUAUUAAAAUUUAUUGGUUUUUAAAAUAGGUGUAUUCGGCCACUCCGCAUCGUGACAAAAAAAAAAAACAAGUUGCUUGCUUAAAGCCGCUAAGUGAAAUAUCAAUGUUGCAAUCUGUCAAAUUUUAUGUUCGCGAAGAAAUUCUAAGCCUGAAUGAGAAUUAACUUCUUAGUAACUAAUAAGUUUAACAAUUUAAAGCGCUUUUCAAUUACAUAAAUAUAAUUUUUUUUA